CAGCUCAGUGUCGCCUCUGACUCUGCUGCGAAACACACACGCUGAAGGACUACUCUUGAGGAAGAGACAUAAACUCUCAGACUGAAGGAUUACUCUUCAAGAAGUCUCACUCUGUUUUUUAUUAUUAUUCUGCUCCUGCAAAGUUACAAACUAUUGUCCCCGUUCCUCAGAAUACCCACAGCGAUGGAUCUAAACUGCUGCAUGUAUCUGCUGGUCCUGUGCGUCCUCAAUAAGCUGCUUGUGGUGGCGAGCUCUGAAGAUGACAUCCAGGAGCAUCUGAACCAUCGGGGUGAACAUCCGUCGACGCGGAACCAAAUCGCCACAGCCCAGUACGAAUGUUUCCAGAGGAUGGGGAAAGAAUCGCAGCGCAAAACAAAAACAACAGGGCCAGUGUGCAACACAACGUGGGAUGGGUGGCUGUGCUGGGAUGAAACUGAACCUGGACCAACGGAGCAGGGCUGUCCGGACUACUUUAAAAAUUUUGAUCCUCAGGCGAUGGCUUCCAAAGUGUGCGCAGAGACAGGCGAGUGGGGGCGUCACCCCGAUAGCAACAGGACGUGGACAAACUUCACAAACUGCCUAGCCAACACGACACAUCAUAGGACAGCAGCGAUGACUCACUUCUACUUGGUGAUGAUUGGUCACGGCCUGUCGCUGGUGUCAUUGAUCAUAUCAUUAGGAAUAUUCUUCCAUUUUAAGAGUCUGAGCUGCCAGAGGAUAACGCUCCACAAAAACCUCUUCCUCUCAUUCGUGCUCAACUCCAUCAUCACCGUUGUCUGGCUCACAACAGUGGUGAAGAAACAGGGACACACGUACAACGAUUCUGCGACCUGCAAGCUGCUCAUGUUCAUCCACCUGUAUCUGCUGAGCUGCAACUACUUCUGGAUGCUCUGUGAAGGCAUCUACCUGCACACUCUCAUUGUUGUGGCGGUGUUUGCAGAAAAACAGCAUCUCAUGUGGUACUAUCUGCUGGGCUGGGGUUUUCCACUCGUGCCGGCGGUGAUACAUUCAAUAGCACGCCACUGCUACUACAACGACAAAUGUUGGGUCAGCUCAGAUACUUCCUUGCUGUACAUCAUCCACGGUCCAAUCUGCGCCGCAUUGGUGGUGAAUCUUUUCUUCCUGCUGAACAUUGUCCGGGUCCUCAUCACCAAGCUGAGGGUGACGCACCAGGCCGAGUCCAGCCUCUACAUGAGGGCCGUGAGGGCCACCCUCAUCCUCAUCCCUCUGCUCGGCAUCCAGUUCGUCCUGCUCCCCUACAAGCCCCAGGACCACUGGGUCUUUGAGAUCUACCUGUACGUCAUGGAAAUCCUCAUGCACUACCAGGGUCUCUUGGUUUCUACAAUAUUCUGCUUCUUCAACGGGGAGGUCCAGACCGUCUUGCGGAGAAACUGGAAUCAGCAGCGGAUGCAGUUUGCCGGCACAUUCGCCAACGCCGACUUCUUCCGCUCGGCCUCCUACGUGGCGUCGUCGCUCACAGAGGUCCACCGCUGCUACAGCAUCGAAAGCCACACUGAGCACAUGAACGGCAAGAGCUACUCAGACAUAUUCAGAUCGGACAGCCCUUUCGUGUGAAGGCUCGCCGUUUCUUUGACUUCUUCCAAGAUGUUACGAAGAUGGACGUCUUCGGGGAGUUUUACUACUGUUCAUGGCUGUUCACUUCCAUCUCCCAGCCACAAAAACUCACAUAUUUCACUUUUUGUUUUUACUUUUUUCACACAAAUAUUAUCAAAACAGAAGGAGCUUGAGACCAAAGAAACUGUUUCUUCAUCAUUAUUUACACUCCAUGAAGAUUUAAAGGGGCUGUUGCCGGAUUAAGGAAGACCUUAGUGCUUUUUUGCAUCGUGUGGAAUAAACUUGAAGAGCUCUCGGUGAACAAGAAGCUGUUCUGUUGAGCUGAUCUUGCAAAGAGAGAGUUUCCUUCUGGGCAUCUGAGGAUACAUUGCACGAAAACACUGUUGAACCACGUCUCGAAAUCUGAAAAAAAGCAUUUCAGGUUUUAGUUAUAGGCACAUAACUACACAGGUAAUAUGUAAAAAGUACAAACACACACACAAAAGAACAAAUAAACAUCUAGCUUGCUUUGCUAAAUGUCAUUCCUGCUUUAACUUUUGAAUUACAGGCGUGCAACUCAGACUUUAUGGUGAGGAGAGUUUUCUAUUUAUGUAAUAUUUCCACAAUUAAAUAAGCUUACAUUGUCUUAUCACGUCUGGCUUGGCGAUAGCCUACAAGUUAAGAUAAUACUCACUGUUUUUUUUUCUUCAUAUCUGAUUAUUCCAAAAUGCUGGAGAGAUAUUGUGAGAUAGUCACUGACUGUAAAGUGCAUGUGUUUGUACAUAUGAAUAUACAUAUAUCAAGGCAUAAAAUACCAAGCCUUAAGUGUACUUUGCAUAUCUUUCCAGUCAGCUUGAAACACACAUUGUAUAUUGCUUAUGUUAGAUUUUAAUUAAUAGCAUAGUCGUUAAAUGUUCAAAUGUUUUUAGACAAAUUCUCUAAAGAUUUUCAUGUCCAGGAAACAAGUUCAGCAGGAACUGACUCUUGUUUAUUCACUGAUAAGAUAAAGUCUGUCUCCUCCAGUUAGAGAUAAACGAUAAGAGAAGAGCUGCUGGUUACAGCCUUCUUAAACAGGAAAUACUUUAGCAUUAUCUCCCAAAAUGUUGUCUUUAAAUGUGCAGCACUGAACCCUAAGCCUAUUUAAAACGUACCUACUAGCCUUCUCUGGAACUUUCAACCAUAUUUUACUGCCUUCCUCAGCUACCUUGGGUGUUAUUAUGUGAUGUAAAAGUGGUCGUAUAUAGAGGAGAAAGGGGAUCAUAACUUCCGCCUCUGACUAUAUUUCUAGUCGCUGAAGAAGAUGGUCAAAAGCCCUGCAAAAAGGUAGUAAGCGAACCUUGAGUUUUGCAUAUUUUAACACAGCUGUGUCAAGAAUGGAACAAAAAACUUGUUGUGUUUUCCCUUGUUGAUGGUGAUUAUAUUUUCAUUUCUUUACCAUAGUUUUGUCAAUAAAUGUUUAUUUCUACUGAAGUAAUAAUGCUGUAAAUAAAAACUGUUUUAAACUAGGAUCAGAAAACA